AUGGGUCAAAUAGCCACUUCAUUAAGUCAAAGUGAGCCACAGAAUCAAGGAAUGUUACUUUCACAACCUGUUAGGAAUCCAAGGGAAAACGCUAAUGCCAUCAUAUUAAGAGAUGAUGAGACUUAUGAUCCUCCUACUAUUCCAUCAAGUUCAAAUGAUGCGUCAUUGCCUCCUACUCAACCCGCCCAACAAGACAAAGAUGAAACCCCAAACACAACACCCAAACCUAAACCAACUAUUCCCACUUAUGUCACUACCCCUCCAUUUCCUAGUUGUUUGAGAAAGAAAAGAAAGAUGAAGCUAAAUAGGAAAUACUAUGGACUUUUCGCAAGGUUGAGGAAUGAAAAUGUGAGUGUGGGGGAAAAUGUUUCAGUGGUACUGCAAAAGAAGCUUCCACCAAAGUGUAAGGAUCCUGGAACCUUCACUAUUCCUUGCACUAUUAGAAGUAAAAGGAUUGAAAGAUGUAUGUUAGAUUUGGGUGCUUCAAUCAACGUAAUGCCUUACUCUAUUUAUACCUCUUUGAAUUUGGGACCACUUGAAGAAACAAGAGUGGUCAUUCAAUUAGCAGAUUGUUCUAAUGCCUAUCCAAGGGGAGUAGUAGAGGAUGUAUUGGUUAAAGUAAAUGAAUUAGUACUUCCUGUGGAUUUCUUCAUUCUAGAUAUGGAAGAUGACCCAGUUCCAUGCUCUACACCAAUUUUAUUGGAAGUUCCAUUUUUAAAGAUAGCUAGAACCAAGAUAGAUGUUCAUGAGGGCACUUUGAAUAUGGAUUUUGAUGGUGAAGUGAUUCACUUUAAUAUUUUUGAGGCUAUGAGAUUUCCAAGUGAUGUUCAUUCAAUUUCUUCAAUUGAUAUUUUGGAUUCAUUGUCGCAAAGAAUUCUUGAUUUACAUGGAGAGGAUGAGUUAGAUGUUGUUUUGAGGGAACCAAUAGACUUAAAUAAAUAG